ACUGCAUCUGGAUCGUCCCCGCCUUUUUGCAUGCAUCGCCCGGCCAACACGCGGCCGCAUCGGCGCGGACCCGUAUAAAAGGGCCCGCCGGCUCUCGGUCUGGACACAAGCGAUCUCACCACCGCAGCAGCAGCACCCAGUGUGAUAGCACAAGCAGCAAGCGGCAGCAGCAGCAACAGCGUUACACAGCCAUGUGGAAGGUCGCGGUCUCCGCACUUUGCUUCGCCGUACUGGCGAACGCCGGUAACAUUCGCGGCGGCGUUGGUGGAUUUGGCGGCGGCGGCUUUGGUGGACACCACGGUGGUGGUGGCGGUUUCGGUGGCGGACACCACGGCGGCGGUGGUGGCGGUUUCGGUGGUCACCACGGCGGCGGCGGCUUCGGUGGAGGCCUGGGCGGCGCUGGACUCGGCGCUGGACUCGGUGCUGGACUCGGCGCUGGACUUGGUGGUGGACUUGGUGGCGGACUCGGUGGCGGCGGCCUCGGAGGAUCGAGCUUCACCGUCCACCACGGUGGUCACCAUGGCGGCAGUGGCGCCGGUGGCUUCAGGGGUGGAUUUGGCGGCGCCGGCGGACUCGGUGGCGGAUACGGCGGAGGCGUCGGCGGUGGCUACCUCGGAGGCGGCGGCGGCGGCGGUGCUGGUGGCCGUGGAUACUACGGAGGCGGUGGAGGAGGAGGUUACAGGGGUGGGUACGUCGACGAGUCGCCCAAGCCGUACAACUUCGGCUACCAAGCUCAGGGCCCCGACGGUUCCAGUUCUCGCCAGGAAGUAUCCGACGGUAGCGGCCGCGUCCAGGGAGUCUACACCAUCAACACGGAGGGCGGCCAGAGGAAGGUGAAGUACGCCGCCGACGCCGGCGGCUUCCGCGCUACCGUCGAGACCAACGAGCCAGGAACCGAGAGUGACAGUCCCGCCGACGUGUCCCUCGUGUCGUCCCAGCCGCCCGCCUCCCAGCUGGCUGCCAAGUACGGUCCUACCACUUCGUCGUACGGCCGCGGCGGAUACGGUGGUGGAGCCGGCGGCUACGGCGGCGGUGCGUACGGAGGCGGUGCCGGUAGAUACGGCGGAGCUGGUGGCUACGGAGCCGGAGGACACGGUCUCGGCGGAGGCCUUGGCGGAGGCCUCGGCGGAGGCCUCGGAGGAGGAUUCGGCGGAGGAUUCGGCAAGGGAGGAUUUGGUGGGGGCGCCGGACGAUUCGGAGGCGGAGCCGGAGGUUUCGGUGGUGGAGCCGGACCCGCUGUAACCGUGCAGGCCUUCAAAGUCCAUCACACCGGCGGCGGUGCCGGUGGUCUCGGAGGAUUCGGAGGAGGCGCUGGUGGAUAUGGCGGUGCUGGUGGCUACGGAGGAGGCACCGGUGGAUUCUCGGGCGGAGCCGGCGGAUACCGCGGAGGAGCCGGAGGCUUCGGCGGGAAGUACGGCGGCGGUGCCGGCGGUGCAGGCGGCGGUGCGGGCUGGCAAUGGUGAAGAAGAAGAAGCCCGAAUGUGUCUGUGCUAAACUUUGUGUGCGCGUGCAUGAGGACGUGCUUGCAGUCGUCGUCGUCGUUGUGUCUUUGUGCCCCUCUGUACGUGUCUGUGCUUCGUUGUGUGCGUGGGAGUGGGGUCAGAUCUUAUGGAGAGCCCCGCAAGCAGGGCGCUUCAAAUCGCGGUGUAUGGAUAAAUGUGGUGUGGUCCUUUUUUUCGCUGCGUUGAGGAAUAAACGUUACUUGUUGACAAAAAAAC